GGUUUAUUCCAGUUAUACUGUGAUUGUAAUUGGAGGCAGAGCAUAUGCUCUCUCUGCUCCCAAUUAUUCUUCCUCAUACAGAAUAUCCAAUUGGAAAGUCCCUCCCAUGGCCCCUCUUCUUCUCUUUCUACUUUCUCUCACGUCACUCCCAUUAAUCUAUUCCAAUUUCAAGCCCCAAAAGAAUCAAGAAAAUCCAAUAACCUUCAAAGCUUUCUUCCAAGCCACCAACAAUUUUUUCUGCACAGUUGUCACAUGUAUUAAUUAACAUGUGCAGACUUUCUCUCUCUAUAAAUCCCGCUCUCUCUCCUCCACUUGCUUCAUCAUCGUCUCCACAUAGACUUUCCUGCUCUUCUGCUUCGCGAAUCUGUGUAAAGGCUGAAUCUUUGAGCAAUCGACAACUGGGAAUCUCGACAGGUCGAUCCCCUAGAGGGAGAAACUCGAACUCUGCUUCAGUUAGCUGUAGCGGCGACAUGACUAUUCGAGAAUUCAUAGAUGGGAAAGAGGAAAACUCUCCUCCUCUGUUUGAGGCCGAAGUGAAUGCUAAGCCUCGGCGCAUUGCUCUCUUUGUUGAGCCCUCUCCCUUUGCUUAUAUCUCUGGAUACAAAAAUAGGUUCCAGAAUUUCAUUAAAUAUCUACGUGAAAUGGGGGAUGAGGUCAUGGUUGUGACGACGCACGAAGGAGUGCCAGAGGAGUUUCACGGAGCUCAGUUGAUCGGCUCAAGAAGCUUCCCCUUCCCGUGGUAUCAGAAUGUGCCCCUAUCACUAGCACUCAGCCCAAGAAUAAUCUCAGCAGUCUCCCAAUUCAAGCCGGAUAUUAUACAUGCUUCGUCUCCUGGCAUUAUGGUAUUUGGCGCCCUCGCUAUUGCAAAAUUACUAUCUGUUCCGUUAGUGAUGUCGUAUCACACCCAUGUUCCAGUGUAUAUACCAAGAUACACCUUUAGCUGGCUGGUCCAACCAAUGUGGUUAGUUAUAAAAUGUCUGCACAGAGCUGCCGAUCUUACCCUGGUGCCUUCUGCUGCCAUCGCAAAGGAUCUAGUAGAAGCUAGAGUAACGACAGCUGACAUGAUACGCAUCUGGAAUAAGGGUGUCGACUCUGAGAGCUUUCACCCACGGUUUCGCUCAAAAGAGAUGAGAUUAAGAUUAAGCAACGGAGAACCCGACAGACCAUUGAUAGUUCAUGUAGGGAGGCUUGGAGUAGAAAAGAGUUUGGAUUUUCUCAAAAGGGUCAUGGACGAGCUUCCAGAGGCUCGAAUCGCGUUCAUUGGUGAUGGACCGUACAGAGAGGAGUUGGAGCAGAUUUUCUCCGGGAUGCCCGCAGUAUUCACAGGGAUGCUACAAGGCGAAGAGCUCUCACAAGCAUAUGCGAGUGGGGAUGUCUUCGUGAUGCCUUCAGAGUCGGAGACUCUUGGGCAAGUCGUCUUGGAGGCCAUGGCAUCCGGCCUCCCCGUGGUGGCUGCUCGUGCAGGGGGCAUCCCCGACAUGAUACCUGAAGAUCAGCAGGGCAAGACGGGCUAUCUAUUUAACCCUAGAGAUCUCGAUGACUGCUUGAGCAAACUUAGACCCCUUUUGCAAGAUCAAGGACUGCGCGAAACCAUAGGCAAAGCAGCUCGUGUGGAGACGGAGAAGUAUGAUUGGAAGGCAGCCACACGCAAGAUUCGCAACGAGAACUAUAAUGCGGCCAUCUGGUUCUGGAGGAAGAAGCGAGACGAGUUCUUGCAACCUUUUCAAUGGCUGUUCCGACGUUUUCGCGAAACGCCGCGCGCGAUUCAGAUGUGAUCGCUGAACGUCAAUCGUCGUCGGGAAUUCAAACCUUGUAAGUUAGUUAAAUUAUUUAUCUGCAUUGUCGAUUUCUGGUAUUGCUGCCGUGAUCCUAAUAGUAAGUUGGAUAAUGGCAUGUUGUAUUCUAAUUGAUUGAAGUGUGAUAUAAGAAUGUAUUUAGCUAGGUCUGGUUGGAAAUAUUUGUUAUGUGUAUAUGUUCUUGAAUCAAUGUGAAUGCACUUUAUUACUAUCUA